AUGCUAGCACAGCAGACUCUACUGAUCAAGACGCAGCUUCUGGAGGUUGCGGGAGAGAUGGGGAAGCCGUUCCUACCGACGCCAAUGUCUAAUCCACGGUUGGCACAACAAUCGAUGAUCCAGCAGCAACAGCAACAGCCACGCCAGGAGGAAGAGGCGGAAUGGGAACACCGAAAACCACGGUCCCCUUUACCAAGACCUCCUAGGCUGCCGAAAGUAAAACUACAAUUCAAUCAGCUUCCAUUGUCUAGACGGCUUUCUGACACUACGCCGACGCUUGACGCGAUGGACCGGUCUCAACCCCCUGAGAAGCAGAAGUCCCCGAUCCGUGAGAUCAAGGGGUUCCCUCCUCGGAUCGCUAGAAGGCGGCGUCGUCCUCAACAACAAGCGCCAGCAGAAAGUGGUGGAAGAAAGGACCAUGGGACAACUGGUCCAAGGGGAACGUAUCAAGGAGGGAGUGUCCGUCGUCAUGAUCAGGCUAGUGUAAGUCCUUCCCCCGGAAAAAGACUCAAGCUGUGGCCCACCGCAAGUAACAAAUCCUCGCGUCCAGCGCUCGGAAAACCUCUCUCAAGAGCGAAUGAAGAGCGAGAGCCCUUGAGCCGCCGGAAGUCGGGGGAUGUGAGCGGUGCGGUAAACCUCUGCAGACUACAGGAUGAACAGGAAGAGAGAAUCGAUGCGGCUAACGUAGAAAAGUGGUCGAAUGAUCUCAAUUCAAGGACGGAGAAUAAGGACGAGGGCGAAGCAAAGAUGGAGAUGGAGAGGGGAAAUGGAAGUAAGACAGGGGACGAAGGGAAAGGGCGAGGGACUCGCGGGAGGAAGAGGUCUGCAGAAAACGACUUGUCCCCAUCGACUAUCAAGAAACCUCGCUCUGAGCCUCAGGGCGGGAAGAACGGUGGUAGUCCAGGGCGUAUCAAAAGGUUCCUAAGCUCCCUCAACCCCUUUCGGAGAAGACGAACUAAGUCUCAGGAAAGCAGAGACGCCAAACCGACCGCCAUUGUACCGAGCAUACCAGACUCGCCGAAGUCAGUGGGGUGCUGCAUCUUCGCGGAAGCUCUCAACCCAAGAUACUUAUUUGGCACCGGAAAAGAGGACCAGAGAGCCCUGCACUACCGCGACGCCAUCGAAGAACUCAUCCAGCUCGUCGAAGACGCGCCGCACGCAAUCACGUCCAACGACCCCCUCGUGCGCGAAUACCACGCGAAACAAUUCAAAGACAUACAGACCGUCCUACGCAAGAUCCCGUCCAAGGCCAUAUCGAAGAAGAUGAUUGACGAAAAGCUCAUGGCGAUCCGGAUGGAGGAGACGGCGAUUCAAAAAGGGCAGAUUCCACAUCUAAGAGGGAUAAAGGCGGAGGAGGCCAGGGCGGAGCGUAUACAGCAGCUGACGCAGGAGAAAGAGGUCCUGCACCGUCGGUUGCGGGCCUGCAAUGAGCUGAAUGACAAGAUUUUCGCGUUUGGGGAAGAGGGGGCGGCGAUCUUUGCGGAUUGGAUCGUGGAGAUGAAGUUACGCGUCGCGGGGGAGCUCGAGUUUGCGGAGAGGGCGCUGAUGAUGCCGUAUUUUGGCGGGGUUCAGGAAGAUGGCCGGGAGUUCUAUUGUGUUUGA